GCUAAUUAACACGUGAACUAAAUUAGCGCCAAUUCUUGACCUCGCGGAAAAAUUUACGGGAAAAAAAUAACGCCAAAUGCUCGCCAAGCUUUGUUGCCAACGGAGAUAUCAAAGGUACAUAUCCGGUGAUGACGUAGAACACACUUCCGGGUUCCGAUCUGCGGAAUUCUGUAAAACUCCACCAUGGCUAUGUCAUCACUCCCCGCUGCCUGUUUCAGGGUAAAAAGCUCUAUAAACUAGCCCUUCUCUUUGUGAAUAGCCUGUUAGCUAUUCCAAGGAGGUUCUAUUCUAACCUCCUUGAGCUAUUCGCACCACGCACCGUCGGUGCGAUUAUCCACUGCGGUUUCGCUAGCCGUCCGACGCUAGACAGGUAGUCACACCUUUAGGUCUGUCUGUCAUUGUUACUGCGCUUAUGGUUUCUACAAGCGAAGAAUCCAAGUAAUUUGUUUCUGGUCAUAGUAAUUGAGAACGUAGAGGCUGUAAAAAUUGUGUGUUAACAGUAUUGAAAAUAAAACGGAUAUUAUGAUAUAUAAUUCCAUUUCUUGGUAGUGAAGAUGGGUUCUAUAGUUUUGAGCACACUUUCAAUAUUUUUAGGAUUAUUUUUUAUCCUUGUAGGCUCCAUGAAGAUUUCUCCAAAAAUUAAUAAAGAAAUGCAUAGAGAAAUUAGAAGAAACUUUGUGCAAUAUGCGAAAGUGUUUCCCUUGGCAAAAACCAUGGGAAUCAAAAUGCCAUCUAAAUAUUUCCGAGUAGUGGUUGGCUGGCUUGAAGUUCUUUGUGGAGCUAUUCUUAUAUUUGUCCCAGGUGUUGUAAAGCAACUGGCAAAUAUAAUCUUACUAAUCCUGAUGUUGGGUGCGUUUUACACACACACAAUUUUAGAAGACAAAUUUGAAAGAACGGCUCCAUCUAUUGUGUUUGCUCUUAUGCUAGGAUGUCGGCUUGUCGUCUACAUGCAAGUUAAACGUAAGGAAAAGAAAUUGGCAAAUGAAAAAACUCGGGACGCCACACAUAGAGAGUUGUUUAGGACUGAUAUGGUUGCAAAUAAAGAUACUAAACAAGAUUAGAAUAAUUCACUUUAUCAGCCUUUAGUGAAAUGGUAUGCACAAUAUAAAAAUAACUUAUAUUCUUUAUAUUAUUUUCAUAUAAGUUCUAUUAACACCUUUUUUUACUUAUACACGUUUAUGUUUUAGGUAUAUUUAUUUUUUUUAUUCUGUUAUUACAUACUAGUCAUUUUCAUGUUAACUGUUUUAGGAAUUUUAUUUAAAUAUAUUCUUGUUAAUUAAUUUUAAUUAUUUAAAUAUCUGUUUUGAAGUUGAUUUCAUAACUGUGAAAUUUGUGCAAAGGGAGCCAUUAAAUGAAUUUUUUUUUAAUUUUAAAAAAUUGCAUGAAUCAUAAUUAAAGCACUUUUCCCCCCUUUAUACAUUUUUUUAUAUCUAAAAAAGCUUUUAAAACUCACUGGCAUUCCUUGUGAAAUGAGUUUACACAUGCAUUAUGAAAUUUAAGAGUGCAUUUUUGGUUUCAUAAUUUGUAUGAGCUUGUAUUUGCAUGAUAUAUAUAUAUAAAUACACACAUAUAUUUGUAUACUUCUAGUAUAAUUUUUUUGCUUCUGGCAUAAUAUCAAUAGUAAAUAUUUAAGCAACAUUUUCAGUAAACGAAAUUAUUAGUUUAAAUUUUUCCGUACAUGUUAAAUAAUUUUUCACAGGAAAAUUGAUCAUCCAAGUGAGAUUAUUUUUGUUAUGGAACAAUCUUGUAUUACUCUUUGCAUUAUGUCAUAAGUUCAAGGGAUCAGUGGCAAACAGGCACAUGCUACAAAAGUGCAAUUUUAGAUAAAAAAGGAACAUAUUAAAAUUUUUUCUUGCAGAAAUGUGAUGCACAACAGGAAUUAUUCAAACUUGUACUUUUAACAGAUAUGACUAUGCAUGUAUGAAGCUAUGACACCUCCUUUAAAGAUAAAACACAAAAUUAUUUAUAAAAUAUUUCAGAAAUGCAGUAUAAAUUUAUGUAUUAAAAGUAGUUGCAUAUACAUGUUGCUUGGCAGGGAUUCCAUCAUUAUUUAAGCUAAUCACGAUAUAAAUGAAGCAUUUCAGUUUUAAGUAAAUAAUGGUUAUAUAUGAGAUAUGUUAGGAUUUUGCAUUCUGCUCUAGUAUCAUAAUGUAUUUCUUGGAAGCAUUUUAUUCAACAUAUUUACAAAUUCUACUUUUUAGAUAUCCAAAUAUCAUCAGUUAGGGAUUUUCAAUGAAUGAAGGAAUUAUUGUGGGAACAGUUCUAAAAUGUUACAGAAUUAGUCUGCCUUAUUAUAUCUCCCUCCGAAAAGUUUGAUGGUAUACUCCCUCAUUUAGUUUAAAGGGCCGCCCGUGUUUAAUGUGUAGGCUUACUGAUGGAAGUUGGAGGAUGGUAUAGAAAAAUUAAAAUGAAGAUUUUACACACACAUACAUUUAAGUUAAAUUUAUUCAUUCAAAAUGACCCUAUGUAAAAUUGGUCGAUGAUAUUAGAAAUAAGAUACAUAAUUUGUCUGCAAUUAUAUUCAUAGUAAAUAUUAAAGCUGUUAAUGAAUUGCUAUGUGUGCUUGGACAGUUACUUGGCAUCAUAUUGAGAUUAAAAUGUUUCAUAAAACCAAAUGCCUUUUAAUUUAGUUUGAAAUCUCCAGUCUUAAUAAGAGGAACAUCUGUAGGCCACUUAAUGAAAUAGAAUACACAAACACACUCACUGUCUAACAAACAACCUUGCCACUCCCAUGGGGUUGCAUCAACAAAAUAGGGCUAUUUUUGAUGCAUUACUAUGCAUAUACCCUUUUCCCAGUUAAAUUUUGUGUGUUUGUUAAUGUGUUCUUUCAUCUAUUUAAUUAUGUAUUUAAAUUGAUAGUAACAUUUGUAGUUUCAAAGAUAUAAGCAUUCACACACAUUUCAAAUAGCGUCUCAAUUUUUACUUUCCCAUCAGAUCAUUAUGGAGGAUCGUAAUCCCACUUUAAAAAGUAGACACAUAAAAUGUGCCUCUUUUCUUUUAGGCCCUUUAAUUUAUGAACCUUUUGUUUCAUGCUGUUUUGGAGUAAAUCAUUUUCUUGUAUAGUUAAGCUGCAUUCUUUACAAUUUUAAAUGUUUUCUUGCAUAUCAAAGCUUAAAUAUAUUAGUGUGUGUUAUGUAAAUAGUUUAUUAGAUAGAAUUUUCAAAGUAUUACAAUAUAGUGUUAGCAUAAUUAUAAAACUUAGAUUCAAUGUUGCAUUUCUCUUACUGUUUACAUCGACAGAACUAAACAUUUUAACAUAGUUAAUAUAGUGGUUCUUUAAAAUUAGCAUUUUAGAAAAUAAAUAUUGCCAUAAAUGUGAAUUUGUAUGAAUAUUUGUGAAUUUGCUCUUUCUGGUGAUGAAAAGUGAGAAUAUUCCUUCAUGUUUUUUACUGAAGAAGGUCUGCAUUGGAUAAGCAGUGCUAUUUAAUUUUUUAAUGUGCCAAUACUGAAAGAUUCUGAAAAAAAUUAAUGCAAGGCAUUGUAAAAUAGUUAUGUCUUAUUAGCAAUUGAUUAAUUUGUAACCUUAGCAUAUUCAAAAAUUAAAAUAAUUGAAUGGAGCAUAUUUUUUGUGAAAAUCUAUUGAAUUUCAUUUCCUAAUCCCUGUAUGUAAUUUAAUAAAAAAUGUAUAUGUAAUGUUUU